AUGAAGCGAGUAAAGCGUCUGUCUUCUAUUAGUAACAAAUUGGCAUUUGUUUCAGAAUUAGAUAAUAAAAAAAGACAAUUUAUUUCAUCAGUGUCACCUAAUCCAAAGGAAAAACAUAAUGUAAAAUCAGUACAGGAUAAAAUUGAACCUAUGGUCCUACGUUCUCCACCAACAGGAGAAUCCGUUGUAAGAUACGCUUUGCCCAUUCCAUCGAUUAAGACAAGGCAGUUAAUAGCAGAAGAUGAAAUCAUCAGGAAAGCUGCCAAACAUCUAAGUAUGGUGGUUUCUAGUUUGGAAGAAACCUAUGGAGUUGACCCUAAACCUGGAAAAAAAUCAGUUACGAAGACUGACAGUGAAGAAUUAUCUUUAUCUAUUGGAGAUGAUCUGAACUCAUUGUUGGUAUACUGUUCACAGUAUGCAGCUCAGCUAGAAGAAGCAGUUAAGGAAGGACGCAACAUUUUGGAAUCUCUUUUUAAGUGGUUUCAGCAUCAGGUCAAUCAGAUAGAGGAGUUAAGUACAGAUCAAACUUAUUCAGAAGAAGAUCUUCCAGUACCUGAUAAAACAGUGUCUGCAGGCAUUGCAGAAGUAAUAAAGCAAAUGCAAAAACUUGAAGAGCUGAGAGAUCAGCUUAAACAUGGGUCUAAAUAUUCCCUGAAAACCAUGUUGUCUAAACCCACGGGUACCCAAAAUCCACCGGAAACAGUGCAAGUUAGUGGAAGUGCAGAGAAGAUAAUUGAAGACUUCUUAAAAGCCCACUCAGCUGAAGAAUUUACAGAUACUUCUGCAACCGAGCCACAAACUGGGUUUUCAAUGACUAAUAGAUUGAAUGCCAUGAUGAAAAUAUUUGAAAAACAGUCAAGUAUGUUGGAGAGAGCUAUAAAUGAUCAAGGUCUGUUAGAGGCUAAAUACAAUAAGAUGCAUAGUGAUUUCCAGUUAUUAUCAGAGGAGAAAUCAGUGCUGGAAAAUGAGCUACAAAAGUUGAAGAAUCCAGAGAAAACAAAGCCAACAUCUGAUCGAACAAAGAACACACCUGUAAAAUCAGAGAAGAAAAAAGACAAAGGAAAAUCUGAGGAAUCAGAAGAGAAGAAAUCUAUAGCCAAACAGCCAAAAACGAAAGAUCUGCUUGAAGUCCAGAAUACUGCGAAUGCACUGGAAAUUGAGAACAAAGUACUUCAGGAACAACUGAAACAGGCUUUACAGGAAGCUGAAAAAACUAAGCAUCAGCUUGACUAUCUUCUGAAUCAAAGGAAGGAGUUACUUAAAAGUGAGCAAACUAAGACAGCCAUGCAAAUGGAUAUUAGUGAAGUAAAAGUUAAAGAUUUAGAUUCGGAGACUGUACCACUGGAGAAAGAAAGAAGAAAAACACGACUUUCAGAUUCAGGUGAACACAAGUCAAAUGAUAGAAUCCAACAGCACCCGCAGAAGAGUAAAACAGUCCACAAACAAGCAACUGGACUGAUGAGAAAUGAAACCAGUUAA